CCUGUAAUAAACAGACAUCAACAAUUUGUUCACUUGCAAUUUAGAAAAGGAACAGACAAGAGCACAAGCACAACACAACACAACACAACAUCCUCCAGGAACGGGAAUCCCACGCCGCUUGUAACUCCAUCUCGGUGUUUGAUUCUCUGCUUCUUCCUUCAUUCCCCUUCGGAAUCGAUCGAUCCAUCUUCCUCUUCCAAUGGCAACCCCUACCGACAAUAAUAACAACCCUGCACAGGAAAACCCUAACAAAACCCUAGACCCCACCGAACCAGAUCCAAUCCCUGCCACUGAGGACGCCACCGCCACUAAGGGCUCCGACGCCAAGGACCCCGCCGACGCCGACGCCGACGCCAUAACUUCUCCGCCGCCCGAUUCCGGAAACGACGCUCCGCUCUCCGAUAUUCAGAAGAAGAUGCGCCGCGCCGAGCGAUUCGGCAUUUCCGUCCAGUUGUCCGAGAAAGAGAAGCGCAAUUCCCGAGCCGAAAGAUUUGGCACUGUCUCCGCAUCGCAGGGAUCAGAGCCAUCAAAAUCGGAGGAUCUGAAGAGGAAGGCUAGGGCAGAAAGGUUUGGGAUGCCUAGUCCAACUACAACUGCAGACGAAGAGGCAAAGAAGAAAGCUCGACUUGCUAGGUUUGCACCUGCUUCCAAAGUUGAUCCUCAAGAAGAAGAUAAGAGGAAAGCAAGGGCACUUAGGUUUGCGAAUCCGUCAUCAACUUCUAUAGCUAAUGUUAAUGGCGAGGCAAAGAUUGAGCCGAAGGCUGCUAUUGCAGGCAAUGCUGGAGGAGGGACCUGAAUGACAGGUCGCGUCUUUAAUUUGUAGGAAUUUUUCUUUUUUUAGCAGUUCAAAAUUUGCAGAGCAACCUCCACACCGUUUCUACAUUUCAGCAUAUUAAUCCCAGAUGCGACUAUCUUUCAUUUGUUCAUUGAUGCCCUCCUCUAUGAGAUGGAAAAUAUUCAAGUGGUCUGAAGAAGCUUGUGUUUUGUUUUGUUGUAGCGUUGGCUUUAUAGGUGACAGCUUUUGGGGUAAUUAUUGGCCAUCUUCAUAGGGUUACUUAUCUUAAAAAUCUUUGAAAAAUUGAAUUUUGGAAUCUACAGCCUAAAAGAAGUUAAUAGAUGAAGGUAUGCAGAAACAAGACUUUUUCUUGAUUUGUUUCAUCCUUAUUACGGUCUUUAAUCUACUGCUUUUGAAAUGUGCAUUAUCAUUAUCACUGUGCUAAAAGGUAGUACGAGGUAGGUUUUUUUUAAUCCAACAUCAUGCUGAUCCAGAAUGAGGUAAUGUUAGGGUAGGUUUUGUUGUUUGAUAUGUCUUGGAGGAGUGAUGAUUAAAUGAGGAAAUAGGCUCUCAAAUAGAAUAUAGCAUGUACGUAGGAUUAACUUGUUUCUGGUUAAUGCUAUACAUCUUUUGGGCAUUGAGGGGAAGAGGGUGUUAGAGUUAAGAGUUAACAUUUCAUCAUCCAUAAUCUUGAAUCAUUUUUUUUCUUUUUUUGGUUUUAAAAUGGUGUUUUGGCGGUAGUGUCCUUUAGGUUGUCUGUGAAAUUGGCUGAUGGCUUGUCUUUGAAAUUGGUUUUCUUCAAUCCUAGUCUCCUUUAAGUUGUAAGUUAGUGUUUUAUGCCUCAUUGUGUUUCGAUCUUAUUUGAAAGUAGCUUUUAAAGCACAUCACGUUGAUUAGAAGCAUGUUUCUUGAAAAGGGGAUAAAUAAACUAUGUUUUGGUACUUGUGAAAAUGUUAUCGUGUUUGGUAUAGAGCUGUUGCACUAGUUUACUGGAUCAGCAGAAAUGUUGAAGCUCAAGUUCCUGGUACCUAUCUUCUUGCAUUCAAGAAAAGAGUUAGCUGAAUGUUUUGGUGGGGCUGAAUUCUGUAGGUUUAAAAUCUCGGUUUAUUUUCAAGGCUGUAGAUUCCAAUUUUUAUUAUCUUUGCUGGCGCCUUAAGAUAAGUUAACCCUUUGAAGAUGUUUCGUUGUUUACUUGGUUGGCAAAGUUCAGAAUUGUACAUUUGUAGGGCUGGAUGUGGAGGGGACUCCUUACUUUUUGUUUUAUUAUUACCCUGUAAUUUAUUUUUAAGCUUUGUUCUAAUAUGUUUGGAUGUUAAGAUAUUUUGCUAGCUAGUAUAAAUGAAUGGAAGGACCGAUACUUUAUGCGAUAAA